GAAGUUUGCCAGAAACGUAAAUCGCAGUGUUGGUUGUUUAAUUGUUUUACGGAUUUAAGUUUUCUCUCCAUUAGGUUGGAACAUAAACUAGGUCAUACUACAUGUAUAGUGCUUCAGAAAUGGCAGGAUCCCAGGGAAACGAUGCUUAUCUCAGGAAUGCUCUUUCCAAAUACCAAUAUCCAGACCUAGCACAAAGGGACAUUUUGCAAGCAUUCUCACAUUUUAAGGAUUUGAGACCUAAUGUUGACAGCUUUGUCUUUAAUGAUGGAAACAGAAAAGAGCUGCUGUGUCUUGCAGGAACCAUACCAGUUACAUAUAAAGGUACUAUCUAUAAUAUACCAGUUUGUGUGUGGCUGUUGGAGACCCAUCCAUAUAACCCACCAGUGGUGAAUGUGAAGCCAACAGCAACUAUGCAGAUCAAACCAGGGCAAUAUGUAGAUGCUAAUGGAAGAGUGUAUCUUCCAUUUCUUUUUGAGUGGAGACAUCCACAGUCAGACCUGCUUGGUUUAAUACAGAUAAUGUGUAUAAUAUUUGGGGAAACCCCACCAGUGUUUACCAAGAAAGCUGAGGGCCCUACCCCAAGGGCAGGUUGUCCACAAGGAGGACUGUCAUACCCUCUCUACAUGCACCCAGUGAUACCUUCUUUGCCAACUCCAUCCCCUUUGUCGCCUCCUACAAACGCAGCACCUCUUUGGCAUACACCAGUUAGGUCACAGCCAAAAACUACUAUUGUGGCUCUUCACCGUUCCACCAUACAGCAAGACAUGUUGUCGCUGUUCAUGGAGCCCACCAUUAUAGAUAUGAAGCUAAUGGUUACCUUCAUUGGAGAGAAGGGAGCUGAUGGUCAAGGACUGUCAAGAGAUGCAUACUGUGCAUUUUGGAAGGAGUUCUUCACUUCGGCAUGUGGUGAAUAUGAGAGGGUGCCAUUGCUUUCCCCCAAGUAUGGUCAAGACGAGUGGAAGGCAGUGGGUAGGAUCCUUUUGAAAGGCUACAUCGACUGUGGUGUCUACCCACUGCAGUUAUCACUGGCCUUUUCGGUUGCUGUCAUCUUCGGAGAGAGAAGUGUUUCAUCAGAUAUGCUACUGCAGUCAUUUCGCAUGUAUCUCCCAGAGGCUGAUCGCAAGGUUGUUGACAAGGCUUUGUGUGGGGAAGUCCUUGACGAAGAUGAACAAGAUGAUUUGCUGGAUUUGCUCUCUCGCGUGGGUUGCAAUUCAAUCCCCAAAAAGGAACACAUGCGAAACACAGUUCUGCGAAUGGCACACAAGGAACUAAUUCAGGAACCAAAAUAUGCACUGGAUGCAAUGGCUGAAACUGUCUGUGGACAGUUGCAGAUGCUCUUCCCUGAUGUGCAAAAGCUACGACUGAUGUACGAAAACAAAACACCAACUGCCAGGAAGGUUAUUAACCUUCUGAACUGCACGCCUGCAAACAAAGAACAAUCUGAUGCCUUUGGAUAUCUCAAGCAGUUUAUCAAAGGCCUGGAUAAUGCCAUGCUCAAGAAAUUUCUGAGGUAUUUCACUGGAGCAGAUCUGAUUUGCACCUCCCACAUUGAUAUCUCCUUCAACCGUAUGGUUGGUUUGGCCAGGGCACCACAGGCCCACACCUGUGGACCACUGAUAGAGCUUCCGUGCACAUACCGCUCCUACACAGAGCUUCGCCAAGAGUUUAUGGCCAUCUUGGAAUCCGAUUACUUGAAGAUGGACAUUGUUUAGAUCAGAGAUACUGAAAAUUAAGGUAUAUGUACUAGUAUGUACACUCACUUCUGAUAUAUAACUUUUGUUUUGAACAUUUAGGGCACUUGUAUAACUGCAGAUCAUGGAAGCCAAUCAUAGUUUAUAAAUAGGCAGUGUGUUUUACAUACACAUUCAUAGGACAAGCGAAUGAGCGACAUCAUGCCACAAAUUCUGAUUGGAUAGUAUUUAUAUAGCUUAUAAUUAUAUAUAAUUGACCUGCAUAGUCUCUGCAUGCUUUACCACUUAUAGCAGAAGCUACAAGUUUGGUCUCUGGCCUGUUUUCAAGAGCUGAUUUCAUGACUAUUUAUGUUUGAAACCAUAUUAAACCACUGUGGAAAGAUUAAACCUUCAGUUUACAGGAACUUUGUAUCUCAGAUUGAAUCUUCUUUAUGGUCUGAUUUUGGCCAUUUUGGUUGUACAUUCUUAGUAAUACAUUUUUGAUGUUAUGUGUAGUAGAUAAGCUAUAAUUUUGUUUUUAUGUCUGUACAUUUGACAGAUUUGCUGCCUUGUUACUUUUUUAAUUAUUAUU